CGCGGCCUUUGUCUGCGCUGUCACAUGGGCCGCGGUGCGGGAUUUAAGCGGGUCUCCGCAGGACAUGCCGUGAGCAGCGCGCCGCAGCCCUGCCCGCAGCGGCAGCGCUCCGCCCGGCCGGGGAUGCGGCUCUAGCGGCCCCGCGAUGAGCGGCUCCUCCAUGGCGAAGAGCGAGUCCCGCACUUCGCUGCUGAAGGCGGCGGGGAGUCGGCGGGCGGCGGGCGGCCAACCCCAGCCCCGCGGCAGCCGCGUCCGGGACGGCAAAGGACAAGGCGGGCAAAUGGGGAGGGAGCUGAGCCAGGAGCAGCUCCCCGGGGAGCCCAGUGCCCGCAGGCCGCUCUGCCACCCGGGCGCCUGGGAGGAUGGAGCGAGGGGCGCGGGGAAGCUGUCACAUGGACGGGGGGAGAGCCAGCCCGAGCCGGCGGAAGGAGGUCCAAGGAAAGGCAGCGGCAAGGAACCGGUGCGGACAUCCAGGCAGCAUCAACACCUCCCGCCGCACGCCAGCCACGGUCACCCCCAGGACCAGCAUCAGCUCUCAGACAGGGAUGGGGAGGAGGCAGAGGAGGACUUUUUCUUCAGUCACAGGCAGAGGUCCAGCAGAGAGUCCCUGAAGCUCUCGGAAGGCGCUUCACCUCUGUCCAAAUCCAGCAGCAAGUGCUCCACCAAGUCCAGCGGCAGCGACCGGUCAGUGGAAUCGGAUCCCCUCAUCCAGCAGCUGCACCCCAUGCUCAGCUCGGUCUUUGGCCAGGAUAGAGAACUGCGUCCGGAAGAAAUUGAAGAAUUAAGAGAAGCCUUUAAGGAGUUUGAUAAAGACAAGGAUGGGUUUAUUAACUGCAGGGACCUGGGGAACUGCAUGCGGACCAUGGGCUACAUGCCUACUGAGAUGGAGCUAAUAGAGCUCUCCCAGCAGAUCAACAUGAACUUGGGUGGCCAUGUGGAUUUUGAAGAUUUUGUUGAGCUGAUGGGACCAAAACUUCUAGCAGAGACUGCAGACAUGAUUGGUGUAAAAGAACUCCGUGAUGCCUUCAGAGAGUUUGACACCAAUGGUGAUGGGGAGAUCAGCACCAGUGAGCUGCGAGAAGCCAUGAAGAAACUUUUAGGGCAGCAGGUGGGUCACCGGGAUAUUGAAGAGAUCAUCCGGGACGUGGAUCUGAAUGGAGAUGGGCGUGUUGAUUUUGAAGAGUUUGUUCGCAUGAUGUCCCGUUGAAGAUUAUUCUCAGCUAAAGAAGAAUCAGCACCUUAGAGAGGGCAGAAGAGGACCUAGAUGGAGCAUCUAGCCCCGAUGUUCCUACAUGAAGGUUUAUCGGCUGGCUGCAAUUAGGACAUUGCAAGAUGACCUGCUGCUCCUCCCUCAUGGUGGUCCCCAUGCCCCUCCACCCUUUCACACUGUGAAAGACUUGCAACUUCCUACAACUGGAACCAUUCCUUGAAGAUGAUUGCAGGAAACUGCAGAGCCAGGACUUGCCAUGAUGCUUUCAUGGGAUAUUUGCAACUUUAGACUCCUCCUCCCCAGCUUUAUUCUCCCACCAGCUGCUGCAAAGCAAAAGCAGGAGAAAUCCUCUUGGCUAGGUGGAUGAGAGCAAAGCCAUUGGGACUGGUGGCAGCCUCAGGGCGUGCUCUGCACUUCUUGGUUUCCCUUGGUGAACCGUGUCUGUGUUUGCUGUCUCAGUGUGUGUCUAUCUGUGUGGAGUUAUUUAUGCUUCCCCAACACUUAUUUGCAUCUCCUGUGGUUAUGUUUACCAAGAGUAAAUUCAAAUAUAUGUCUUGCA